AUGACAAAAACUUUGGCAGAUAUCAAGGAAAGGAUUGGGAAUAUCGAGAAAAACACCGCAGAUAUAAAAGCAGAUAUAGAAAGAAAACAUGAAGCGGUUAACAACAAAGUCGAUGGAUUGAAAACAGCUUUGGUCAAAGCUUUUGAUGAAAUAAAGGACGUUCUUAUCAUGAUGGAGGCCAAGAAAGGAGAAAACACAAGAAAAAACAUGGUCGCCAUUACAAUCCAUGCCAAAGAAUCGUUAUGGACUUCAUUUAUUUAUAGCAAUCAUAUCGCCAUAGCUGGGGGUAUCUGUGAUGAGUCUGUCACUGUUGAUGAUAUGAUUAGAAUGAGUAUUUACCCAAAACCUGACCCCUCAGCACCCUGGAGUGACUGCCCUGUCAAACUACCUGAUAAGUUGAUACACCACAACAGUGUACUGUAUAAUGAUCAGUUAUUAGCCUCCGGAGGUGUUGGAAAGGACUUGAUCCGAGCAACCCAGCUUGUUCCUCCCUAUUCUGUGAAGACCUUAUCAAGAAUGUCAGAACAAAGGCAACUGCACAGCAUGGAGAUAUUUGAUGAUAAUUUGUUGAUAGUUGGUGGAAGAACAACUGGCAGAUGCAAAGACAACCUCAGCAGUGUCGUACAGUACGAUAUAAAGAAGAAGGAGCUGAAACAGUUGUCACCACUGCCUUACGCAGUAAGCGAUAUGGCAACUGUGAGAUGGGGGGACAAUAUCGUUGUUAUUGGUGGCGCUGACAGCUACGGUAUGUCAAUAAAUAUGGUUAUAAUUUACAAUGUCAAGACGGGGCAAAGUCACAUGCUGCCAUCAAUGAGAUGUAAGAGGAGGGGAUGUACUGCUGUUGUUGUUGGAAACAACAUUGUAGUCCUGGGAGGGUAUGGUGAGCGGAGAGAGAUGAAGUCUGUUGAAAGCUUCAACUUUGAAAGAUAUUCUUGGGAAGAAUUUCCAGAAAUGUCUGAAGCAAGAUUCUUCCAUACUGCUGUUGUUGUGUAA